AUGACGGAUUCUCAAGUAGCAAACAUUGUAAACGAAAUUUUGCGGGUAGAGGCUGUAGAGGAGGCAUUCAGUUGUUUUCUGGUUUACAAACCAGAACAGGAAAGUGAGAGGUUAUCCUUAUACCAGAAAAAGCUAUGUUCCAUCAUGAGCAGUCCCAGCGCGGAGGUGCAAGAAUCAGCUAUCCGUCAAUAUCUUACUUUGACUGCAGUCCUCACAAACAGAUAUAAAAUGAAACAGCUGCUGGGUUUACUUGAGAAUUUAGUUAACACUAACAUACUUCAAGCAAGAAUGCUCUGCGAUUGUAUAUUAACAAGCGAGAAACUGGUUUACAAAAAUAGUGAUUAUUGGAUUGAAUGCUUCAAUCUAGUUAGACGAGUUAUUGGUGGUGUUGACUACAAGGGUGUUAGAGAAAUUAUGAAAGGUUGCAGAGAAAAAGCACAAACUUUACCAGUAAGACUCAACUCCAGCACAAUGCCCCAAAUGAGAGCAUUGUGUAAUGUCAUUGAGUACAUUUUUGAUCGUAAUGCAUCACUCUUGCCCGCAUAUUUCAUAGUAACUGAAAUUCAAAAGGACUAUCCAGAUAAUAAUCAUUGGCCACACUGGCAGCUGGCUAAACUACUUACCACAUUUGUUGAAAGUUUCAAGCCUUGUGCUCAAAUGGUGUCAAUUAUUGGUCAUUCACAAAUGUUGCCUGUGGUAGAAUUUUCCGGAUAUGCCGAUCAUUUGGUAAACCCGUGGCGGUUAGAUCCGACAACACUUAAAUUCUCUCUCAAAGGCAAUUUGCCUUAUGAUGAUGAAUUACUUAAGCCUCAAAUAUCAUUACUAAGGCAUGUACUACAGCAGCCCUACUCUAGAGAUAUGAUGUGUUCUAUGCUAGGAUUGCAAAAACAACACAAACAAAGAUGUAUAGCAUUAGAAGACCAACUUGUGGAACUAAUGAUUUUACCCAUGGAAAGGAGUGAACAAGAGAAUGAGGAUGAUGAAAUGCCAUCGACACACUGGUGCUGGUUGCAUUUAUCCUCGCAAGUGAUAUAUUUAAUCCUCAUUGGAUUCGCCUCAUUCCCUAGCAUAGUAAUGGGUCUACAUAAUAAACUUGUAGGGUGUGAUCUGAAGAAGGGACGGGAUCAUCUUAUGUGGGUUCUUUUACAAUUUAUAUCUGGAAGCAUACAAAGGAAUCCACUGUCUAACUUUUUACCCAUAAUUAAAUUGCAUGAACUGCUAUAUCCAGAGAAGGAAGCAUUGCCAAUGCCUGAUUAUACAAAAGCUCAUUGCACUCAUCAGAUGGCUGUUGUCUGUAUUUGGAUGCAUUUGUUAAAAAAAGCUGAAUCUGAACACAAAACCAUGAUAAUGCCACAAAACUUGAAGGUACAAUAUGAAUUUCUUCAACACCUAAUGACAUCAAACAACACACCAACAUUAAUGGGUGCGGACUAUCGUAUUGCUUUGCUAUGUAAUGCAUAUUCAACUAACCAAGAGUAUUAUGCUCGACCUAUGGGGAUCAUUAUAGAAACACUAUUUGGCAAUCAAAAGCCAAUGCCAAAUGGAAACCCUGCAGCCCCUCUACCAACUGUACCCUUAUCAAUGUGUAUUUUGGAUAGUCUUACAUUACAUUGCAAAAUGUCAUUAAUACAUUCCAUAGUGACACAUGUAGCUAAGCUGGCUCAAAAUAAAACCACAAUACCUGGAAGUAAUAUGAUGGCACCAGCAUUAGUUGAGACAUACAGUCGUCUCCUUGUUUACACUGAAAUUGAGUCACUUGGAAUUAAAGGAUUCAUUAAUCAACUUCUGCCAAAUGUAUUCAAAUCCCACGCGUGGGGUAUACUUCACAACUUGCUGGACAUGUUCUCCUAUAGAAUACAUCACAUUCAACCUCACUAUAGAGUUACCUUACUGUCUAAUAUCAAUUCACUCGCAGCUUACCCUCAGGCUAACCAGACUCAGUUACAAUUAUGUUUCGAGAGUACAGCCCUCCGUUUAAUUACUAGUCUGGGCAGUUCGGGUGUUCAGCUGCAGAUGUCGCGUGUGGUCUCCGAGCCCAAGUCCUGUGUAGUUGUCAGCAGCGAGAGUGAGGAACUAAACAGAGUUCUGGUCCUCACUCUCGCCAGAGGAAUAUAUAUGACAGGAACUGGUAAUGAUGGAGCAGCAGUGAAGGAGAUAUUGACGACCAUAAUGACGAACACCCCCCACAUGUGGUCUCAACACACGCUGCAAUGCUUCCCUCCAGUACUUGUCGAAUUCUUCUCACAGAAUCCAGCCCCAAAAGAAAACAAGCAACUUUUAAAAAAAUCGGUAGAAGAAGAAUAUAGGAAGUGGACUUCAAUGGCGAACGACAACGAUAUUAUAUCACAUUUCUCUGUUCCUGGCACACCGCUGUUCCUAUGCUUGCUAUGGAAAAUGAUAUUUGAAACGAACAGAAUAAAUCCGAUUGCUUUCAAGAUCCUCGAACGUAUUGGUGCUAGGGCUUUGUCGGCUCACCUACGCAAGUUCUGCGACUAUUUAGUAUUUGAGGUAACAAAUCCAGCCGGGGGUCCUCACAUCAACAAGUGUGUGGACGCAAUCAACGAUAUCAUAUGGAAAUACAACAUCGUCACCAUAGACAGACUUGUUCUCUGCCUUGUACUGCGACCGAAUCCGGACGGCAACGAGAGUCAAGUGUGUUUAUAUAUCAUUCAAUUACUUCUCUUAAAAGGAUCGGAACUUAGAAACAGAGCACAGGAUUUCGUAAAAGAAAACUCUCCCGAACAUUGGAAGCAAAAUAAUUGGUAUGAACGUCACUCAGCCUUCCACCGGAAGUAUCCAGAGAAGUUCGCACCGGAAGAAACGAGCGGAGCGUACGGCGGCCCUAUACCUGUAUACCUCAGCAACGUGUGUCUCAGGUUCAUACCUGUGUUGGACAUCGUAGUUCAUAGACAUCUGGAGAUACCGCAAGUCAGCAAGAACCUGGAACAAUUGCUUGAGCAUCUUGGUUAUUUGUACAAAUUUCACGAUCGGCCGGUAACCUUUCUAUACAACACACUUCACUACUACGAGAGCAAGCUGCGAGAUAAGCCAUUGCUGAAACGCAAGUUGGUGACAGCUGUAUUGGGAUCCCUCAAAGAAGUCCGUGCCCCAGGUUGGGCUACAACAGAAGCCUUCCAGACGUUCCUUAGCAGCGAAACUGAAGCUUGGAGUCCAGACCUUAACUACUAUCUUAGUCUGAUCAACCGUAUGGUUGAUACUAUGAUGGGCAGUUCUCAUUUCCCGAACACCGAUUGGCGCUUCAACGAAUAUCCGAAUCCUUCAGCACAUUGUCUAUACGUGACAUGCGUUGAGCUGAUGUCCCUACCGGUACCCCCGAAUACGGUCGGAAACAACCUUCUCGAUGUGGUCACAAAAGGAUUCGUUGUAAUCCCUGCAAAUAAAAUACAACUCUGGAUUAAUGCAAUAGGGAUCAUAAUGGCAGCGCUUCCCGAUCCUUAUUGGACCGUAGUCCAUGAUAGGCUAUUAGAACUCGUAACUGGAACGGAGAUGGUAGAAUGGACGUACCAGCAUACGCCAUUCCAAUUAUUUAAUUUGACGAAGACUAAUGAAUGUAUGUUAGAGAAUAAAUACAGUCUGACGUUGGCUUUAGCGCAUGCGGUAUGGUACCACGCUGGACCAGGACAGAUUAUGCAAGUUCCAACGUUCGUCAAAGAGAAGAUGUCGCCGGAAAUUAGGACGGAAGUUCAGCUGAUAUUCCUGUGUCACCUGAUGGGUCCUUACUUACAGCGUUUCAACACUGAUCUGUCAAGAGCUGUCAUGGAUAUAACUAUAGUGUUGUAUGAGUUACUGGCUCAUAUAGACAAGUCACAGACACACUUGCAGUACAUUGAUCCUAUCUGUGAUCUGCUAUAUCAUAUAAAAUACAUGUUCGUUGGCGACACAAUGAAGAAUGAAGUGGAAAACGUGAUACGGAAGCUACGACCGGCUUUACAAAUGAGACUACGUUUCAUUACUCACUUAAACGUGGAACAAAUAAACACCGCCUAG